CCUCGGGCUGCGGCGCGCGUCGUUGUCUCUCCUCGGUGCCGAGGGGCGUGCGGAUCGAAAGAGGGGGGGCUCUGAGAGCGUCGGGGCCACGCAGCCACCUGUGAGCCUCCCGCAACUGCGGACGGCGGCGGCCUCCUCGGCCGGAGACAGGAGGCGCUCAGCGGACCCCGCCCGCCCGCCGGGCGCACACACAGGCGCACACACACUCAGAACACCCUCGCGCACACGCACAGCCAGCCGGCAGCGGCGGCCGCAGCGAUGCUCGCCGGCAGGUCGGGGAAGUUUCCCGCCGGCCUCGGCCGCGGGCCCCAGAGCUCGCAGGUGUAGCGCCCCCGCGCGGCGCGGGCGGCCGGGCGUCUCCAGCAUGACCGGCCAGAGCCUGUGGGACGUGUCGGGGGCCAACGUCGAGGAUGGAGAGAUCCGCAUCAACGUGGGCGGCUUCAAGAAGCGGUUGCGCUCGCACACGCUGCUGCGCUUCCCCGAGACGCGCCUGGGCCGCCUGCUGCUGUGCCACUCGCGCGAGGCCAUCCUGGAGCUCUGCGACGACUACGACGAUGCCCAGCGCGAGUUCUACUUCGACCGCAACCCGGAGCUCUUCCCCUACGUGCUGCACUUCUACCACACCGGCAAGCUCCACGUCAUGGCGGAGCUGUGCGUCUUCUCCUUCAGCCAGGAGAUUGAGUACUGGGGCAUCAACGAGUUCUUCAUCGACUCCUGCUGCAGCUACAGCUACCACGGCCGCAAAGUGGAGCCCGAGCAGGAGAAGUGGGACGAGCAGAGCGACCAGGAAAGCACCACGUCCUCCUUCGACGAGAUCCUGGCCUUCUACAACGACGCCUCCAAGUUCGAUGGGCAGCCUCUGGGCAACUUCCGCAGACAGCUGUGGCUGGCGCUGGACAACCCCGGCUACUCGGUCCUGAGCAGGGUCUUCAGCGUCCUGUCCAUCCUCGUGGUGCUGGGGUCCAUCAUCACCAUGUGUCUCAACAGCCUGCCAGACUUCCAGAUCCCUGACCGCCAGGGCAACUCCGGCGAGGACCCCAGGUUCGAAAUCGUGGAGCACUUUGGCAUCGCCUGGUUCACCUUUGAGCUGGUGGCCAGGUUUGCUGUGGCCCCCGACUUUCUCAAGUUCUUCAAGAAUGCCCUAAACCUGAUCGACCUCAUGUCUAUCGUCCCCUUUUACAUCACGCUGGUGGUGAACCUGGUUGUGGAGAGCACGCCUACCUUGGCCAACUUGGGCAGGGUGGCCCAGGUCCUAAGGCUGAUGCGGAUUUUCCGCAUCUUAAAGCUGGCCAGACACUCCACUGGCCUCCGCUCCCUGGGGGCCACCCUAAAAUACAGCUACAAGGAAGUGGGGCUGCUUAUGCUCUACCUCUCUGUGGGGAUUUCCAUCUUCUCCGUAGUGGCCUAUACCAUCGAAAAGGAGGAGAACGAGGGCCUGGCCACCAUCCCCGCCUGCUGGUGGUGGGCCACGGUCAGUAUGACCACCGUAGGGUACGGGGAUGUGGUCCCGGGGACCACGGCAGGGAAGCUGACCGCCUCUGCCUGCAUCCUGGCAGGCAUCCUGGUGGUGGUACUGCCCAUCACCUUGAUCUUCAAUAAAUUCUCCCACUUUUAUCGGCGCCAGAAGCAACUUGAGAGCGCCAUGCGCAGCUGUGACUUCGGAGAUGGAAUGAAGGAGGUCCCUUCCGUCAAUUUAAGGGACUAUUAUGCCCAUAAAGUUAAAUCCCUCAUGGCGAGCCUGACGAACAUGAGCAGGAGCUCGCCAAGCGAACUAAGUUUAAAUGAUUCCCUACAUUAGCUGGGAGGGCUUGACAUCCUCAAACCCACACUGCUGAGCUGUCUCUUGUGCCUCUGGCACGGUCCAGGUACCCUAGGGUUAUGGCGUGAGCAGUAUGCCCAGCCCCAGAGGGGAGAGAAUGCAUGGGAUCUGCACCCCAGGCUGCUUUUCCAGUAUUUAGGGUCAUUUUUCGAGGCUGGUGUGUCUGACGCCAUGCCUUCGCACCUUUCAGUGAAAUGACACUCACUGGUCUUCGCAUCGUGGGCGUAAAAUGUUCACCUUUCUGCCGGAUGAGUACCACCUCGGAUGCUAAUCUCUCUGUUCAUUGUGCUCUCUUGUCUAGUGCCCAUGGCCCAGGACUGUCUCUGAUUGUUUGUGCUCCUGUU